AUGGAGAGAGAAAGGUUUCAUGAUGUGCGUGAUGAGCAAGGUUGGGAGGCUUCCUUGUGUCCGGGUGGGCUUCAUCCUAAUGGUACAUGCUCAUGUGAACCCUCUUCUGUGGCUGAGGAUUCCAGCAGCCGUGCAAGCAUUUCACAAAUAAUUCUGCUGACAGAUGCACUUUUUGAGGUUUUAGAGGAAAUUCAUCACCAUCGCAUGUCCCUUUCACCUUCUAUGCUCUCACUUCCUGCUCCUGAAGCUGUUGUAAAUUCAUUACCUCUGAAGAGUUAUAAAAAGUCUCAUGGAACUGAGGACGUGGCACAACAUGAACAACAGUGUCACAUUUGCUUGGUUGACUAUGAGGAAGGAGAUAAAAUUCGAGUUCUCCCAUGUUCUCAUGAGUAUCACAUGCCAUGUGUUGACAAAUGGCUCAAGGAAAUACAUGGUGUAUGCCCUCUCUGCAGAGAUGAUGUAUGCAAGGACACUGUUGAAAGUUUAGCCCCAAACCCAGAGAUCACAUCACUUUGA